GAACCUCCAUUAAAACUAGUUACAAUCAUAUCCUCUCUCUCUCUCUCUCUUUAUCUAUCUCUCUCAACCCUCACAAACCCAUCAUGGAUAUCAACCAAACUAACAGUACUAAUUGGCAAGAUCAUCUUCAAAUGUCCAUGGAAGAUCAAAUCCUCCAUCAUCCCUUCAUUACUUCUACUACUACUUCUUCUUCUUUAACACUUUACCCUACUUUCCCUCUUCACACACCACAAAAAAUAAUACCAAUCUCAAACUUCAAUAAUUCAAACCCUAAUAUUAUUGAGCUAGACCAAGAGUCCAAGGAGCGAGACGAGGAGGAGAAAGAGCCAGAAGAAGAGCUAGGUGCCAUGAAAGAGAUGAUGUACAAGAUCGCCUCGAUGCAGCCGGUGGACAUCGAUCCAGCCACCAUCCGGAAACCAAAUAGGCGCAAUGUCCGGAUCAGCGACGACCCACAAAGCGUGGCGGCACGUCACCGGAGAGAAAGGAUAAGUGAGAAGAUAAGGAUUUUACAAAGACUAGUUCCUGGUGGUACCAAGAUGGACACAGCUUCAAUGCUAGAAGAAGCUAUUAGGUAUGUCAAGUUCUUGAAGAGACAAAUUAGGUUUCUGCAACAAUCAAAUGAUAAUAACAACAAUCAAUCGCACCCACAAACACAAACCCUUGGAGGAGAUCAAUUUUGGAGCUUUUAUAAUUCCAUCACCACCUCUACCACUACAUCGAUAGCAGAAGAGUUCAAGAUGGAGGAGUAUUUACAUCACAAGAAAUAGAUUAGUGUUCAUCAUUAUGAGGUGAUUAGUGGUUUAAUAUUGUUGUUGAUGAUGAUGAUGUGUGUAUGUGUAUAUAUAUAUAUAUAUAUAUGGUAAUAUUGUAGAGGGAAGAUGAUCAUGUGAUAAAGCUGUUAGGAUUUUGUUGACUAAAGUGUGUGUGUGUGCGUGGAAGAAAGAAUAAUCAUAACGGUUGGGCUUGAGUUACGUAUGACCAUAUAUAUAUAUAGUUUUAUAAAAUAAGGUUUUAGCAUUAUAUGGACUUUAUUAUAAGUUUAUAACUUAUAAGUUGGCCGGAAAAGUUUGUUUGGCCUACUCUCUUCUGGGAAUUUAAAGAGUGACGUUACAAACACACACACACAUGUGUGUG